GCCCCUAGCCCCGAGCUUCAGCCCCUAGCUGAGGCCAUGGCCCGCUCCCGGCGCACCGGCGCGCACCGAGCACACUCCCUGGCCCGCCAGCUGAAGGCCAAGCGGCGGAGGCCGGACCUGGACGAGAUUCACCGGGACCUGCGGCCCGAUAGCGCCGCCCGCCGGCCCCAGCCCGACGCCGAGCCGGACCCCGACCUGCCCGGAGGCGGCCACCACCGCUGCCUGGCCUGCGCGAGAUACUUCAUUGAUACUGCCAGCCUGAAGAGUCAUUUGAAGUCCAAAGAUCACAAAAAGAGGCUGAAGCUACUGACAGUAGAACCCUACAGUCAGGAAGAAGCAGAGCGGGCAGCAGGCAUGGGCUCUUAUGUGCCCCCCAGGUGGUUGGCAGUGCCCACAGAAGUGUCCACUGAGACAUCUGAUAUGGAGGUGGUCAGCUGAUGCUGCCCAAAGGCAGAGGAAGCCACUAUUGGAUAGCCGUGCUAAGCUGGGCUGGCUGGACUGUUUCUCUCCCCCAGCACUCAGAGCAGAAUCUUCUUUCCCAAUAAAAGAGCUGAGCUGCCAUGCCUC